GGGGAGACGCCGGGAAAAGCUGGCCCAAAAAAAGUGUCUCCGGCGGCCGUCCUUCGGGAAAGCGUCCUUCGAUUUCACGCCGGUGCAGGCGGGAGGGGAAAGCAAGAUCUCUGGCUACCUUUUUUUCCCAGGGAGCUUAGGGCACAGCUGCCGCCGCUGCCGCUACUUCAUAGCAAGCAUCAAGACUCCGAGGCUGAUUCUGGGAACUUCGUCAGGACCAACUGAGAGACAAAGCCUUGUGCGAACCAGGAUCCAUCCAAGCAUUCCCUUUCCCCCACCCUGUUAAUCCCAGUGGCAUUGUUAUCUGUGUCUAAGCCUGUCUGGCAGUUUUCCCCAGCAGAGCUCAGACUGCCUCCACCGCAGUGAUGAUGAUGGCUGAUCCUGGUGUCUGGAACGGAGUCUAAAUCUGGGAAUGACUCUUCUUGGGUAUUUUGCAGAGUAAAGCUCUCUAGGAGACCACCAGCUUCAUAGAUGGACAGGAUGUACAGAACUGAUCCUCUGGCAGGAAACUGGAGCUCCAUCUCCCUGGAUGACUCCAUAUUCCUGGAUGCCCAAAACAACAGCACGGAGCAGUGCUUCAACGCCCAUUCCCGCAGCUCUGUCCUGCAAGGGCUGCCGUUUGGCGGUGUACCCACGGUGCUUGCCCUCAACUUCAUCAUCUGGUUGUUCCUCCUCCUGGUCUUCUCCUGCCUUCGGAAAGCAGCUUGGGACUAUGGACGCCUGGCCUUGCUUAUGGACAAUGACAGCCGUUUUCCUCCAAGCACAUGGAACUCCUAUGACCUCACAUCACUUUUCUAUGGGGAGCAAAGUGAAAAGGAGAAAUCCCCAUCAGAGACCAGCCCACUGGACACCGACAACAAGGAUGUGGGAUUCUGUUCCUGGCUCCUGUCAGUCUACCAGAUGAAGGAUGAGGAAAUCCAAAGCAAGUGUGGAAUCGAUGCCACCACCUACCUCUCCUUCCAGCGGCACGUCUUGGUGCUGCUUCUGAUCAUCUGCGUGCUCUCAGUGGCUGUGGUCCUCCCUGUCAACUUCUCUGGGGAUCUCCUGGGAAAGAAUCCAGCUAAUUUUGGCCGAACCACAAUUGCGAAUGUCCCCAAAGAUGACCGUCUCCUGUGGCUGCACAGCAUCUUUGCCCUCCUCUAUUUCAUCAUCACCGUGCUCUGCAUGGCUCAUCACUCCAUCCAACUUGAAUACAAGGAGAAUGAGAAGGUGGCCCGGACCCUGAUGGUUACCAAGAUUCCCAAAGAUAUUAUGGAUCCCUCCCUUGUCAUCAAACAUUUCCAUGAGGCUUACCCAAGCUGCACAGUGACUGGUGUCCAGUUCUGUUCUGAUGUUCGCACACUGAUGAAGUUGGAUUCAGAGAGGCGCAAGGCAAUGAAGGGGAGGCUUUACUUCACCACCAAGGCUCAGAAGGAGGGGAAAAUCAUGAUCAAGAUCCACCCCUGCUCGCGCAUCUUCUGUUGCCGUAGUUGCGGCUUUGAAGAGGUAGAUGCUGAGCAAUACUAUGGGGAGCUAGAAGAGAAAUUGACAGAUGAAUUUAAUGCGGAGCGGAGCAGGAUUGCGCUGAAACGCCUCGACAUGGCUUUUGUCACGUUUCAGGAUGAGAGAAUGACAGCCACUAUUCUGAAGGAUUACAGCCGUGUCUGGUGUCGCAAGCAUCCACAACAGUCUUCUGUUACCACAGUGGUGAAAUCCCAUUGCUGGGGGGUCAGCUAUGCCCCCGCUCCCAAUGACAUCAUCUGGGAGAACUUAUCUGUCAGCGGUGCUUCGUGGUGGGUGCGAUUUGUCGUGCUCAACAUCUGCCUCUUCAUCCUCCUCUUCUUCCUCACCACGCCCGCCAUCAUUGUCAACACCAUGGACAUGUUCAACGUCACGCGGCCUGUGGAGAGCCUCAAGAAUCCUAUUGUCACCCAGUUCUUCCCCACGCUGCUGCUCUGGGCCUUCUCAGUGUUCCUUCCUUUCAUCGUGUACUACUCUGCUUUCUUCGAAACGCACUGGACGAGGUCAAAUGAGAAUCAGAUCACAAUGCACAAGUGUUAUUUUUUCCUGGUGUUUAUGGUUAUCAUCUUGCCCUCACUUGGAUUGACCAGUUUGGAUCUCUUCUUCCGCUGGCUCUUUGACACCCACUUUGUGGAUCAGGCAGAGAUAAAGUUUCAGUGUGUUUUCCUGCCCGACAACGGUGCUUUCUUUGUCAACUAUGUCGUCACCUCCAGCCUGAUUGGGACAGCCAUGGAGUUGCUGCGCAUCCCUGGGCUCAUUGUCUAUGCCACGCGGCUCUGCUUUGCCAAGUCUGAACCGGAGCGGCUCCACAUCAAGCGGAACCAAGCUUAUGAGUUCCAAUUUGGAUUGGAGUAUGCCUGGACCUGCUGUAUAUUUGCUGUUGUCAUGACCUAUAGCAUCACCUGCCCCAUUAUUGUCCCCUUUGGUUUGCUGUAUAUGCUGCUGAAGCACAUGGUUGACCGCUACAACAUUUACUAUGUGUACAUCCCCACCAAGCUGAACCAGCGCAUCCACACGGCAGCUGUGAGCCAGGUGGUGGUAGCUCCCAUCCUCUGCAUGUUCUGGCUGCUCUUCUUCUCCGUCCUCCGACUAGGCUCCAUCAGACCAAUCACCAUUUUCACCUGCGUGGUCCUUGUCUCCUGCAUCCUUUUUUCCUUCUUCGGCCUUUGUCUGAAGAAGCUGCGUCCAAGGAAGCCCUCCUGUUACCAGAUGUCUGAGCAAUCUGAAGGUGCUUUCAACGAUACAGAAAGGAGCAGCAUCUCUUCAACCCCCAAUUCAAAUAUGUUUGUGGCUACAGUGCUUCAGGAGCCAGAACUAAGCCUAACGCCAGCAGCCUCCCCAGCUCACCAGUCUUACGGCACCAUGGGCAGCCGCCUGGAGCAAGCCGAGAACAUGGAGGAGGGUGGCCUGCAGAGCUUUGAAACAGAGCUGGAGAGCACGGAGGGUGACUACAGAACCGGGCCAGUGCUGGAUGACCAAAUCCGCUAUCAUUGACCACCUGCUCUCAGAGUGACGAGACAGACCAGAGAAACAUUUUGAGUAUUAAGAGUGCCGGAGGGCAGCAUUAUGUCCCAAGGCCUAGAUUGCUCUGAGUUGCCAUGUCAGUCCUGCUGUAAACCAGUUUUGAGCAAAGGUCUUGUUUUGCUACUUAAACCAGAACCUCUCAGGCUGAUGCACAAUGGGCCUUCAGUGCUGCCAUUCUCUUGGCCACAGUGUUGGGAUGGCAGCUCAACUCUCCAGCAGAGAUAGAACGAACAGGGAGAUUCUGCGCAGGCAGUGUUACUUCAAUUUUUUACUCCCAGCUGUUUAACAGCAGCAUGUUCCACAUGUUGCCUCUCAUCCUUCUGCUCCAGGGCGACGGACUGCCAUUGCUUGACUCUUCCUGUGUCUUCUGACAAAUCUUCCCUUCUCUCCGUUGCCCCAAUUGGUCUCCCUCGCCUUCCACUAUUUUUGCUUUUCAUUUAUAUUCUCUUUUUUUUGGUAGAGGAAGAUGUUUCUCUAGUGUGUGCAGCCUUCUCUGCUCAGGCCAGCAGGAGCAAGAGACUGUCUGGAUUUAAAUAGCAUCAUGCGCCCAGUAGCUACAAACAUUUCUAUAAAACAUUUGGGUGUGGGUGUGUGCAGAAGGGUGACUCCUAAGACACAUUCAAGUUGACCGCACAGCCCAGUGUAAUGUAUUUGUUGCAGAAGCAAAGUCCCAAUUGUUUCCUGAAUGCAAGAGGGGCAUUUGCAAAAGACAGGUGCUUUAGCUGCUUCAUUUUUUAUAUGCCCAUUUGUUGCUGCUGCAGUUGUUGCUUUUGCCCAAAUUCACUGCCUCCCAAAAAAGACUUUCUUUCUCAGUGUGGCCUAAGUGACAGGCCUGACUUGUCUCUGUUUUUCUAGGUUUGACUGGUUGUGUGCUUUCUGCCCAGAAUAAUUGCCAUGUUCGGAUUUUUGCAUACCUUUUUUCCCAACCGUGUUGAAAACUGCCUGGUUCCUUGUUUGAAAGCAAACUUGAAGGCGCCGGGGGGGGGGGGGUUGAGGGUGAUGAAUGAGAUUGUGUUGAAGCUGAGCCCAAACUAGACAGGGCAGCGGCAGAGCUGUGUGUAUAAAUCCAGAGCUGAUACAAACGGCUAGAAACCAGGGGUAGAGUCAAACUUGUAAGGCAAAAAAGAAUCAUGUGUGGGAGGAGCUAAACGAACAGCUAGUGCCCUGAUUAGGGGGCUGGAUAACUUUCUGCAGGGGGUUGAGCCCUGGGGAGGGUUACGGGUUUGGUGCACAUCACUCAUAUGUCCCUUUUGCUCCAUAAAUUGGAUCUCCACACCUGCUUGACUUUCAGCAUCUUCGUUACAGAUCCAAGUUUAAACGUAUGAUUAUGCCACGAUCGCAUCUACUUUGGCACUGGCUUGAGAGCUGGGUGGGAUGGCAGGCAGGCAAGGCAGUGGGGACACCUCGACCCCUCUGUGACAAUAACCCCUUUGUACACCAGCAUGUUCCAAGGUGCCAGUGCACAAGCUGCAUGAUAUCACAGGCCCAAACCUGGCCAGCCCCCUUGUCUCCAAAUGAUAGGUGUGCCUCCCAGGAUAGACUUGUGCAUGGGAAUGACUCCGUUUUACUUUGAAACCUCCAGUGUUGUAUAGGACUUUCUUUGGCUCAGCUGCAUUAUAUACUAGCCCAUUAGAUCAAUGCUUCACCAUCAUUCAUGAUGCUAAGCAUUCAGUCAGUAGAGCAUGAGACUCUUAAUCUGUGAUUCUGCAAAGUCCCGAGGAGCAAUGGAGUGAGAUUUCUCUCGUGGGCUGCUGUGCUCAGAACCUGGGAUAAGGCUGUCCCAUUUUUUUUUUACUUAGGAGCUAAGUAUAAGCCACAAGAGAGCAAGCAGGAAGGAGAAGUAUUAGGUGAUCUGCAUACAAAUCAGAAUUGCCAUGCAAUUUUUCUAGCAGGAUUCCUGUGCGCUGAAUUACUGCCUCUCUCUCAACUCUUAAGCAGGUGAAACUUUCCUAGCAUGCUGGUGCUGUAAUUGGGAAAGUUGAUCCCAAGCUAUUCUGUUGCUGUUAGAAGAAGCUUGCCUCUUAGAUUUCUGCUAUCCAUGCAACUGUCAAAAGGCACAGUAGGUGUGGGGGAGAGAAGGUAGAAGAAGCCUUGUCUCCAUCUUCAAGGCCUGUUUUGAACAGGGCAGAUCUAGGUUGCCCGCUGGUGUUUGAGAAACAGAAAAAGCACCUUGCGAUUAUAGCUAAAUAAAAAUAUUUAUAUUAGAAGCUUACCUGUAAUUGCUAUCCAGGAAGCAAAUUCCAUUAAAAGCAGAGGGAAUUAUGCUCAGGUAAAUCUGCUUCCCAGAAUUUUCUUUUCUUAGCUGAAGAUCAUUCAUAUACCUUGCCACAGAUAAAAAUGCCUGUAACACAGCAUUCUUUCUAAUAUAUAGAGGCUGCAUACAGACUUCAUAGGGUAAGUCUCCAUUCCUGGCCCCAUGAAGCAAAAGCCCAGUAUCAGAGGCAGCACAAAGGCUUGGAUACAUCUGUGUUUCUAGGGUAAGCGGCCCACUCGUUUCUUGCUUAGUUACUCACAUGUACGGGUAAGAAAGGCAAACCAGAUAGAGUGGCCUAAUGCAAAUGAGGAAGGACAGUGUCACCUAUAAGAGUUGUGCAGCAUGACAACUUAGACCUGCUGAAAUCCUUCUUGUGCACAACUAUUAAUGGUUGUGGUCUCUUCUUUUACAUCUGGCCACCUUAGGACUAGUUUAUUAAAAAAGACUUCCGAAAAUUGGUCACUCUGCUUUUAGUUCACCCAGGGCCUCAGAGAGGAAAGGUUAAACACUUACACCACCCCCAGUGCAACAAUCUAAUUCAUGACCACUUCUGCUUGGUGUUUAGUGGAAUAUGCUGGCAGAUCCAACCACAAAUUUCCCAUGGUCAACCCCGUAAAGCAGGCAUCCCCAAACUGCGGCCCUCGAGAUGUUUUAGCCUACAACUUCCAUGAUCCCUAGCUAACAGGACCAGUGGUCAGGGAACAUGGGAAUUGUAGUCCAAAACAUCUGGAGGGCCGAAGUUUGGGGAUGCCUGCCGUACAGCCUAGAACUCUCUGCUGAGAGGUGGUUUCCAGAGUCUCAGGCAGAGUACAAAAAAAAAUCCCUAACUUCAAUGUACCGUAAGAAUUAACAGGCAAAGUAUCAGUCAGCUGAUGCGAUGAGAUACGUCUAUUUUGCUGGAUGAACACCAUGCUGCUUGAGUGUACGUACAGUAAAAUGCAGUAUAUUAAUGUGUAGUCCCAUGCAGAAAUUUUUUAAUGUGUUUGGCAACCCUGAGAUCCUUUUAACUGGGGAGUGAACUUCAACCUUAUCUAUGCAAUACAGAUUAUCUUUCAUUGCUUUAGCUUCUCUCAUAUGUGGCCACGGAAGAGUCUGUAGCGUUAUGCUCCACACUGCAGCCUUUUAUUAUGGAAAGAAAAGGCACCCUUUAAGUGUAUUGCCUCAGUGUAGUAGUAAAUGCAGCAGCCCAAUUUCAGAAACAGCUUGUGCCAUGCACAUCUGCCCACUUUUUUAAAAAAUAGGCAAAGGAAAAAAUGGACGUUAGUGAACAAGUGAUGAAGAUAGAGAGAGCCAUAAAGCAAUCUCCAGUUUAACUGAAGAGAGUUAAAUUCAGUUUUUUAAAACUGGGUUGUGGAUUGUUUAAAAAAUAAAUGUUUUUUUCAGGGGGGGGGGUUCUUGGAAGCUUUCCAAAGAGGAAACAAGCACAUGCAUAAGAGGAAUGGUUGGUCUUCUUGGUGUUUUGAGGUUUCGCAGAAAAUUGUGAGACAGUAAAUUGUUUUUGCAGACUGCGUCUGCACCUUUUGAUGUUGCUUGUGGCCUGCAACUGUAUUAGUUAUUCUGUUCCAGGAGCCAGUCCUGUCACCUGUGACAGGUUUCAGAGGCAGAGGGAUGGAAUGCUGAGUAAUCUUAGCACAGAAGAUGGUGUGUGUGUACACAUAUGGAAUAAGUCAUGUGGUUACAAAGGAGGAGUGGCUUAAAUAAAGGAAACACACCACUCUGAAACUGGACUGGUGAGCUCCCAUCCUCCAGAAGCUGGCAGGAUUGCAAGGCUCCAGCUUUGUGGGUAUAAGUUUACAAACCUUUCCUGUACCCUUUGGAGACUGCCUUUACAAAAUUUGGUAAUACACACCAUUGCGCCAAAUAAUCUCAUGUCUGUUGCAGGAUGUGUAGUCAUAUUGUCCCUAAAAAAGUCGUUUGAAAACUUGAUGUGAGCAGUAGAGAACUGGUGAUUCUGCAACAUCCAGCACUAGCUAUGUCAGUGAAUAGGUGGCAUGAAGAACCGUCUUUCUGCCUUGGCAAGAUUGCUUGGCUCAUCCUCCAAUGCAACAGGACUGAGCUAAUAACACACCUGACGCUAUGGCCACAUAACUUGGAGGAAGCCCAAGUGGAACUUAACAUCUGAGUGAAUAUGCAUAGGGUCAGGCUUCUGGUGACUAUAGAGGAUAGGGCCUCAUCCAAAUGAGUCUCUUUCAUGUAGUAUCAAUAGUCGGGCGUCUCUGUGCUAUUAUCUGUGCUGGGGUUUUUCCAACAUUUCCCACAGGUAAGAAAUUGUAGCCACUCGAGUCCUCAGAGAAGGGAGCAGCAGGCCGACAUCUGCCAGAAUGAGAGGAAAGGUUAAUACUUCAUUGAAUGCUGUGGCUCGUUUCUGAAAGGGGGGAGGUUGUGUAUGGCUCACAAACAGGCAGAGAAGUUGAGGUGUGGAACCCCAGAAUGUGACUCAGCUGAAGGGACUCACCUUAAUCCAGCACUAAUGGCAUCACAGGUUUCUCCCAUCCUAUUAUCGAGUGCCAUAUCUGACUGCAUUUGAAGAAGGGUGGUCGGGUCCAGUGCUGUAGCAUGAGUAAGCGGUUCCUUACUACACCCUCCUUGGAACCUAUGAAAUUACCUUUGCCUAGUCACAUGCUAAUGUAGCAAACCUCGAGGCCUCCUGUCUUAGCCGCUUCUCUUUUAUGGAGGCAAAGUGCCUGUGAGUUGGGUAUAGUGUCUUCGGGAAGCUCUGGUCUUUUGUCUUUCCCUUGGCUGUUGCCCUCUAGGAAUGUGCCAGAGUUAUGUAUCUUCUUGUUAUAUUUAUUGCUAUGACCGUGCCUUGAAUAAAGUUACUUCGCCCAGCUGGUGCCUGGGGUUGAGCUGCA